AAACAGAGCAUUAAGAAGAAGAAGAAGAAAACGUUUUUAUAACGAAUUACCGGUUAACGAUUUUUUUGUGAAUAAGCAUUGUAAUCGAAUUCGUUAAAUUGUUAUCAGUUUGUAGAAGGGAGUUUUAUCGAGAUUUAACCCGAGCCUAUUUUACUCUUUUAUAUAUGUGUAAAUCAAAUCUAGUACUUACAAACAAGCGCGAGUUUUUGAAAAAAAAUUCAUCGAAUAUCGUUCAACAAUGGAAAGCACAAACGCAUCCAACAACAGUAUUCGAUUCAAAACACCAACAAAAUCGACUGUCAGCUGGAAGCAAUGUCCGCUCACAUCUAGCUCAAAGAAGGAUCCAUCGAUUUUGAACAAUCGUCCGGAAUCACCUAGAAGCAGAGAGAACCAAAAUUUGUUCAGCAGAAGUGGCCAUUGUGUACGAGCGGUUUGUACCACGAGUAAAAAACGAGUUCCUUUUCGACGUCGUCGACCAGUGGAUUGUGAAACGCCUCCGACAUACGGACUGACCUGUGGUGGUGGACUUAAACCGAGUAGUGUGUUUACACCGCUGAAUAAACUCAGAACUCUGCAACUAACAAACUCCGGCACUGACUCCGAUUGGCGCAGCUUUUUCCGAAACUCGUUCGAAGUGAACCAAAGCUUUCCUCGUCUAUCGAACACUCGGCAGCGGCACAAAAAUGCUCACUUUUUACUGAACACCCCAAUUCGAACUCAUCGAUUAUCUCCGGCAGUCACCAUCGAAGAAAAACACCAGCGUUCACUAGAACCAACGUCGAUGGAUCGUGUUCGAGUGGACGGUGCCAACGGACUACGCUUUACAGCGUUCCGUCCGAAGGGAUGCGUAUCACAGGGUGUCAGCUCUCCGUACAACCACUCCUAUGUAGCCUCUACAUCGGAAUCGAUUGGUCGUCUGCCGAAAAGCGGUAUCAACCCGAACAAGGCAGUUUUUACGAUCGAUGCCAAAACGUCCCAGAUUUUGAUUGUUAACAGAAAUGCCUGCGAUUUGCUUGGUUACAACUCGAAGGAACUAUGCGAAAUGCAAUUUGCAAAUUUACUGCCUAACAAGAACAAAAUGCACGUUUCUGCUCUAGCGGAAGGACAAUUGAACAGCGAGGACGGAACUGUUAUCAUCCUCAGUGGGAAAGUUGUGGAACUAUGCACGAAAUCGGGAGAUCAUGUGGCAGUUUCGCUUUGGGUACGUCAAAUCGAUAAUGAAACUCGCUGCCUGGCAGUAGCCGAACCGGUGGAAAGACGAAUCGCUCAGCUUUUGGUUGAUAAAAGCGGGUACGUGAUUUCCGGUGAUUACGAAGCUCUUCUACUGUUUCAGCUGGACUCGCUGGAGAAGUUUAGCGGUAUGGAUGUUAGUCUGUUGAUUCCGGCGAUUCAGUUACCGGAUGCCGACAACAGCAUGAUUGCCAAGCAUAUUCGGAAGCAGAAGGCCACCGGUAAAACAGCGGAAGGUGUUGCCUUUCCGCUCUGUCUAAUGAUCUCCCAUCACGACUCGGGCACGGAUACCACCGAUAGCGGGCUAUCGAAUCCUAACCAUUUGUUCGUGAUCACCAUCUGGGUGUUCACCAAUCUGUCCGGGUUGAUCGUGAUAGACGAAAAUUCUACCAUCGAAUCGUGCAACCAUCAUUUUUCGAUGCUGAUGUUCGGUUAUCCACAGAACAAAAUUAUAGGGGAACAUAUCACUAAAAUUUUGCCGAACUUCGGACAGGAGUGCGACUAUUUGGGAUUCAUGAAUCGCAGCCGGAAUGCGACACUUUCCUCGUUAGAUAAUGAUGAAUCGGAAACGGAAACGGAUCAUGUGGAUUUCGAGAACAAAGAUGAGUUUAUUAAUAAUGCUAUCAACAGUAUGAAAUGUGCUUCGCAGGACGCUGGUAGUCCUGUGAUGGAAUCACGGAAGGUAUGCUUGGAUUUUACAACGACCUCCACUAGUAGCUGCAACAAUGCGGAUGCCAAUUCGGUUUCACUUUCUAGCGAGAAUGAUCCAAGAGACAAUCCGAAACCAAAACGUGCAAACGAAACAAACGAAUCCAGUGGCUUACUUAGUGCGAUCGUGGUCAGUUCCGUCCCGGAAAAUCUGCUCUAUCUGGAGAGUGACAACGAAAAUGAUCGAAAUUAUGCAAACUCAAUGAGUUGCAAUUCCUUGAAAACGGCUGUCCAGUCCACAACAGCUGGAGUUCCGACGGUGCCCAGCAUAAAAGAAAACCUGAUGAAGGCACCGGGCCUGGAGGAUUGUUCCAGUUGUGUAGAUUGUGAGCUUCUCACUCCCGUCAACGACACCUGCAAAAGUUUGAAUCUGCUGAGCAGUAGCGAUAAGAACAUUUCGCGCAAAAGUAGCGGUUCGAAAGAGAAUCUCUACACGACAGAUGACAUCAACGCGGGUUUGCUCAAAUCUUCGACCGGGCGAGAUUACAUGGCAUCGCUGAGCGCUCCGGCCACCACACCAAGGUACGUGAAACCGUACGAGCUUUCGAAGAGUAUGGUCACCUCGACACCCGACCAGCACAAACGGCAUUCGGUGGCGGGUGUUAUCUCAACCGGAGGAGGCCAACGAAAAUCGAUCUAUUCCGAUGGGAAAUAUCGUGGGGAAGCAAUCCACUACGACAGCAACGUUAUAGACAUACUGUACACUAUCUCUAAUCACUUGCUUCCAUGCGGCAGAAAGGUCUACUGUAUUUGGAUCAGUCGAGACCCGGAUUCGUCGUACAACAAUCUGGAAGAUGAGGAUAAACAUCAGAAUCUAACGUUGACCUUCAACAGCAUCACUAGUACGAUUGAUAAUUCGCUCGGGCAGGCAAUCAAAAAUACGGCGACUGCACAGCACACGGAUCGGCCUAAUUCUGCCUCCCGGAUGUCGCAGUGUGAUGAGGACCUAACGCACGGUGAUUUUAGCAAAUAUUACACGUUGGUGAAGCACAUCGGGAAAGGAGCUUACGGUUACGUGAAGUUGAGCUACCGGAAUUCGGAUCGAUUACUUGUAAUAUCAAAAUUCAUACUCAAGGAUAAACUAGUCCCUCAGUUUAUGAUCACCACCGAGGAAAAACGGGAGAUUCCGAUGGAAGUGUACCUGCUGAUGCACGUGAAGCAUCCGAAUAUAGUUAACAUGUUUGAUUGGUUCGAGAACGAUAAGUUCUUCCAGGUGGUAAUGGAAAUCCAUGGUUCCGGGAUGGAUCUGUUCGAGUUCAUCGAUCGAAGGCCGAUAAUUACGGAAAAAUUGGCCUGCUUCAUUUUUCGACAGAUAGCCAAUGCGGUCGCAUUCCUUCACUCGUUGAACAUUCUCCAUCGGGAUAUCAAGGACGAGAAUGUGAUCAUCGAUCAUAAUUUUCACAUCAAAUUGAUUGAUUUUGGUUCGGCCACCUUCGUGCAGGAGGGACAACUGUUUUCCACCUUCUACGGUACGACGGAGUACUGCAGUCCGGAGGUACUUGCCGGCAAUCGAUACUCCGGACCGGAGCUGGAAAUGUGGGCUCUCGGCGUCACGUUGUAUGUGUUGAUGUUCUUCGAGAACCCAUUCGUAGAUGUCGAGGAGAUUCUGCAGUCCGAAUUGAUCAUACCGCACGAAAUCAGCGAUGAGUUGGAGUACGUACUGCUUUCGUUGUUGGACAAAAAUCCUAAAACUCGAAUCACCAUAAAAGAUCUGCAGGAAACUGAAUGGAUAACCCAGGAAAUCAAUCCAACGCAGUUCAAUUUUGCUAAGAUUGUUCCCUGCGAACCAUACGAAACCAACCCGGAAAAAUACUACGUAGAUCCGAACAUUUGCUCCAGUCAAACAGGACUCUCGACGUCGCCACACAGCCUUUCCUUGGUGGACGAUGUCGAUGGAGAGGAUGACGAUGAACAUGCGCACAUGGAUGAUUCAUUCAUUGAUCCGGACGAGAUGUUGGAUGACGACAUCUGUCCACUGUCACACGACGAUGAGAUGCCCCCGGAAAGAAGUAGUGACAAUUCCUGCAGGGACAUACUAUCAACGGGUCUUACCAGUUUAUCACUGAAGGAAGCGGAUGGAACCUGCGUUAGUCUGGUAGACAAUCAAUCUUCCACGCACCCAGCAGGUAAUAAACACCCCGAUUUUCUGCAAUACCGGGGCAGUGUUGGUAACUCAUUGUUUGUGUCCUCAUCGCCGUCCUCUACUUGUGCAGGUGCUCCUUUUCCCAGUAACAACACUAGAUCUGGUACUUCCCUACUAACAACAAAUGCAACUAACUCCCGUAAUGUUUCAUCUUGUACAGCUUCAGCGAAAAGUACCGACCCACUCAAUAGUAGCACUGCAGUUCAUAGUGCUCCCACUAGUUCAGUUAGUAUUAGUAGUAGCAGAGUGAAGGUAUUAGAAUACGGUAAUAGCAGCUCACAGAUAGCACAUUCGCUACCACUUCGGCCGUCCUAUCACAAUCUAUCAACGACGGUAGUCUCACGACACUCGUUCUGCGAUGUGGAUUGUCUCGCUGCCCCACCGGUCAACUGUACCUACUCGGUACUGGACAGUAGCAGCAGCGGUAACACAAUUAGCAGCUUUAAUUUAGAAGAAGAUUAUCCGUACAACAAUAGUAGUAGCAGCACCUUAAACACGUCCACUACCUUCUCUUCCCACUCGCCGGCAGCUACGACGACCAACACUUUCCCGGUGACAGAAAACGAAAUAGGGAUCCCCCUGCUGUCCACGUCGUCACCUCUACCGCAGAAAAUUAUCUUUCGCGAUGAAUCACCCAACCUCCUACUGGACACGUUUUCCUAUGCAGCUUCCUCCUCCUCGACCAGUCCGUGCAGUUCGCUGACGUCGUCCAAAUCUGAGAACAACAUUUUCGACGGAACGUUCGCCACGUUAAGUUCGAUCUACGACGUGGUCAGUUUGCACGACGUCCACGACGCUAGCGGGUCCGGGUUACCAUUCCCCGGGUACGCCAUGAAUGAUCUCUCGCGACCACAAAUUCUGAACAAUUUGUCCAGUGCCGAGUUGCACCUGAAACCGGAAAAGAAAUGAUACGAGUAAUUUAACGAAAACGAAAAAAAAAGAAUCACUAGGUAAUAAAUGUGGGGUUUUUGAGUUGAACAUUUCACGGGAGCUGGAUUCUUGGAACAUUAAUAAUAUAAAUUUUCCCUGGAAGAGUGAUAAGUUUUUGAUCGCUCUGCCCAUACUCGCAUAUCAGUCCCAUAUGGGUUCUGGACACUUUUGAGUUAGCCCGACGGAUAACGUCUAUUUUUACGUUACUUUCAGAAAUUGCAAAAAUAAUUUGGAGUUAGUUCAGUAAAAUUUGAAAAAAAUUUAAACUCAGCCUCCCCCAUAUGGAAAGUACUCGCAUAUCUGUCCCACGCAAUGAAAAUCACGUUUUAGUAACUAAAAAUAAACAGAUUGCAUUAAUUUGUACUUUACCAAUAUUUAGCGCUAGCAGUGCAUGCAAAAAUUUAGGUUAUGUGAGAUAAACUAUAACUAUAAUCAUCCUCCGAAGCAACAACUUUAGGAAAAGAUCCAGCUCUUUUGGCAAAACUUCGACCAAAAUCAGAUGUAGGCGUUUGCGAAUAUUUUAAAUUGGAAUUAUCUCGAAGGUACUGUGCUGAACGAGAGAUUUCAGAAUAUUUCUCUCGGGUGUUGGUGAUAUUGAAACAUACAAAGUCACUGUUUGAACUGUCUUCCCUAGACGAGUCUCCACCAUACAAUUUAAUUGCAUCAAGACCUGACAUUAUAUCACAAACUUGAUUAUAUCGAACGAUUAAAAGUUUCACACGAACGGAAAAUCAAACAUGAAAUUUUGCCAGGUGCGAGAGAAGCAUAGCAUGCUAAGAUGGGACCGGUAUGCGAGAAUCCUUUUGUUCGUUAACAAAAGUAUACUGAGGUUUCUUUGUACGCAGGGAAUACGUGCCGCGUGAAAAAAAAUCGCGCAAAAAUCCGCGUAACUGAACAAUUUGUCCAGUGCCGAGUUGCACCUGAAACCGGAAAAGAAAUGAUUUGAAUAAUUAAGCGAAAAAAAAGAAUCAAUCCAUGUAAAAAAACUGCUUAAGGACAGAAGCCAGUGUGUUUUAGGGUGAUUCAGAGGGCUAUUUUCACGCUUCAAAUCUGAUUUUCUCAGAUAUGGUGACGAAUAUCAAAAAACCCAACUGACAAUCUUUUAGAAAAUUAGUUUAGAUUAUUCUGUGAAAAUUUCAGAAUGAUUCAUUGACAUUAGCGGUCGGGAAAGUCUUUUUUCUGAAGGAAGAAAUACAUAGCUGAAAACGCCGUCUUUCAACUUGUUCAUUGAAUAUCUCGCCUUCAAAAUCAUGGAUCAAAAAUCUAUCCUGACAAUGUCUAGAUAAUUUAAUUUAGAUGCGAUUAGUGCAUAAAAACAGAUAUGUUGUCGCGAUAAAAAUGAAGUGAAUGUUAUUUUGUGAAGGUAAAUCGAUUUCGAGUAAGUUUCCUGCUCCAGUUCCCUAGUAACGUAACGAAAUAUGAGACAGAAAUAAAAUCGACUCAAAAAAGCUGCCAAACAAGCGGUAGCUUUAUUGGAUUUUAUGUGAUAUAGUCAAACUUGUAACCGAAAAUAUCAAAACUUUCGUGGCCACCCAGCCACAUCGAGAGUCAUUUUGCACAUUUGCGAGAGAGGCCAUCGUCCAAGUACCAUGCACGCGUGUGGUUUUAGGAAAUUUUCGAUGGAGAAUUUGAAAAAUUUUCCAAAACCAAAAACAUACUGGUCUUUGAAAAACUUUUAUCUAUCUGCAGGGUGAAAAUGGUUGGAAAAUUCGGAGGAUAUUCCGAGUGUUAUCAAAUAUAGCUCUAAAAAAUGAGUUCAUCUGGAAAAAUAAUGCGAUGAUAUGAAAUUUCACGCUUUUCAUGGAAAAUCAACGAAUUUCAUAUAACCGAUUUCGCUGUAUUUUGACGAUUUGGAAGUACUAAAUGAAAUAAUUUUUUUUUGCAAAGAAAGAAAAAAAUUGCAAAGGAAGAAAAAAAUAGAGAUUUUUUGAAUACGCGUAAAAAACCGCAAAACUGAAGAAUUUUUUUUGAUGCCAAAUAUUUUCAAAAUGCAUGAAAAGUUCAGGGUUGAUCACAAAGAAAGUGUCAGAGAGUUGACUUAAAAAACUUCGGAAUAUCAUCAGAUCUCGACGUUUCAUGCAGUUCUAAAACAAAACAAGAAAACUGGAUAACUUCAAAAAUUCGCUUAAAAAAACCGCGUAAGUUCGGAUAUCCGCGUAAAAAAAGUCGCGUAAAAAGAAACCGCAUAAAAAACCGCGUAAAAAGACCUCAGUUUACUCGCACAUGGGUUCUAUCUUGUUGUGUAACAGAUUUUAUAUAAACGAAUGACCAAAAAUGUAGAGGAAAGUGUUCGGUUGCCGGCACCCCACCGUUACUUUUGACAGAAAGCAGAUAGCGUCAUCCCGACAAAUAUCAUGUGUGUGUGUAAUAGCAGCACGUUCUUUUUGUGCCGAAUACCUAAGCAAACAGUCGCUUGUACUUUUUGCUGCGCUUAAAACAAAUUUUAAUUGCGUGAAAAUCAACACAAAAGUUUUUUCUAUCUUUUUUUAUAGUAUCAUAAAUUGAAGAGCAUCAUUCGUAGUGGAUUGAAUAUUUAUGAGGCGAAAUCGAUCUAUUUUGUGAUUUCAUACCGGAUGCUAUCAAAAUUUUCGCAACCAAAGAUUUAUUUUAUUAUAUUCAAAAUGUCUACCGAUUUCGGUUACCGGCACUCCAUUUUUUUUGACAAAUCGUGAAAAAUUGUCAGUGAUAUGCAGGCUGCUGUCGAGACAAAGUUUUGGCCAAACAUCUAGUUGCUCAUAUGGUCAGCAGAUGCUCCGGCUAAGAAAAAACGUAGAAGACCGGCCAAAUCAACACCAAAGGUGCCAUUAUCCAAAUCAUCGGCUAACCCAAGUAACAAUUCGAAUGCCUUAUGGUUUUGAUUAUAAUUUAUAGGAGUUUUGUAAUUGAUUUUUCAAUCACUACCUGUUUUAUGACAACUAUAAUAAGUGUCUCUUUUAACCAGUAAUAUCAUAGUUUUCAAAGCUUCUAUAAAACCCUUUACCUACACUAACAACAGAACUAAAAAUAAAACAAUUUGUACUAGAAUAAAACCAUGCAAAAACUCUUAAUAUUGCUUUCAAACAUUUUCUUUAAAACAUUAUUGUCCGUUAAAUUCUUUCAUAAAUCUAGUUUUGUGUGUGUGCGUGUUCAUUGGAUGACAAUUUCACUCAGAGAAAAUUUGACUGUUUUAAAGUACAUUUAUGACACAUUAGUUGUAGGCUAUUUGAUUUAUUGCUCCUUAGGUUAAGUGUAAUUUGCAUUAAAGGAAAUUUCAUGGCCGCCAUUAUGAUGUUCUAUACCGUAGCAUUUAUUGACAUCAAAUAAAUUUCGAAAUGCAAAAACGAGGGAAUAUGAUGGACUUUCAUGAUUCGUUUUCAGCAUGUAUGCACAAGUUUUAACGCCACGAAAUAGUUUUAUACAAAAAUGACGAUGAAGCACAACAAAUAAUUUUCAUAAAUCAUGAAGACUUUCGCAAAAACCGCAUUUAUUUCAAGGCGAUUAGUUAUAAUUCUUAUUUUUAUCCUUACAUUCACGAUAAAAAUAAAAGCGCAUGAAGUUUUUACGUUCGGAAAAAGCUUAAAACUCGUAAAAAAAGUCUAAUAUAUUCUUACGGAUUGCAUUCAAAGUAUACAUGACAUACACAUAGUCAAGAAAAAUAUUAUCAAAACGUCAGUUUAUUCAUAGCGGAAUUCAUUCCAUCCAAAUAAAUUUAAUGUUGAUCGUGAAGCUGGUUUCAAAAUUUUCUUGAAUUUGGAGUUUUAAAGCAGGUUUAUGCUGAUUCUUCAAUUUGAUUUAUAAACCUUAUGAAGAAUGGUCCACUUGGCAGGAACAUGCUCUUAUAGAGGUUUUCAGUAGGCUUUCGUGGAGUUUGAAGUUUUAUUGCAAGAUUUAUUAUGUAGCGCUUCCAAAAAGAAUAAAUUUUGUUUUUUCUUUGAAUAAUUGCCGUCUUUACUUAUAUUUUUCCAUUUUCAGCGAAAUUUCUUGGGGUGCCGGUAACACCUUUUUGAAAUGGCCAACAUUUAUCGCUUUACUAAAUUGAUAAUAUUUUUUUCAAGCUAAUGAAUCAACUUAGUUUCUUAAUCAGUUGUUAGCUAGGGACUUUAACUUUCCAUUGAUGUAUAGAUGUCCGCAUAAUGUGCACUAAGCCAGAAGUUGUGAGUUUAAAAUAAAAGGGUGCCGGUAACCGAACACUCUCCCCUAAUAUUUCAUUCCAGAUGAAAAGUUUAUAAUGUAAUCCAUGUACGGGAUUCAAUAGUAUCACGAAUCAAUCAUCACAGUAGCGAAAAAAAAGUGAAUUAUUUCCGAAUAUGUAUUCAUCUUUAUCUCAACUUGUCGAUUUUCAAUAUGGGACUGAUAUGCAAGUAUGGGCAGUGCGACAUGCCACAUUUGUUGAAUAUCCGCAAAAGUGGCAUCCCUGAUUUUAUCUUAGCCUACUGGGUGAGAGGUAGAAUCUCUUACUGACAACUUCUCAUCUAAUCCGUUAAUUAAGCAUAGAUGUACGUUUGGAUGAGGUCUAUUUAUGAGUCACUGUCAGGUCACUGAGGUCUUUUUUAAGCGGUUUGUUUUUACGGGGAUUUCCGAAGUUACGCGGUUUUUACGCAAAUUUUCAGUUAUCCGGUUUUCUUGUUUUGUCUUAGAAAUGCAUGAAACGUCGAGAUCUGGCAUCAAAAAAAUUACUCUUCAGUUUUGCGGUUUUUUUCUAUGCGGAUUUCCGAAGCUACGUGGUCUCAAAUUCUCUCAGGGUGAAGCUAGAGUGGACGCGACACGCGAAAGCAAAGCGAUGCGAUGAAAACAUUAAAGGAUCUCGAUUUCAUUCAUUUCCAGCAAAAUUUAACAUGUUUUUUUAGAGUAAACACGAAGCGUUUCGUAGUGACAAGCGAUUUUCGGUUCGGCAAACAACGAAGUAGCAGGUGCUUAGUUUUUCAUGUGAUUAACUAGCGAACAAAGGUAUCCUAAUUUUGUUUCGUUAUGGCGGUAGAAAAUAAUUUUAUUAAUAUCGAAGCUCUAAUCGGAGCAGUUUUUUAACGGAAUGCGCUUCGGAUCCACAAUCUCACAACUAUCGGGAUUGGGUUCUUGUGAACAAGUGCUGGAAAGAGGUUUCGAAAACCUUAGAAAUUACUAGCAAGUACGGUCAAUGAAAGUGCAUUAAAAGAGUUUUGAGAAUAUGUCGAGUUAUCUCGAUGAAAAAAGUCUAUACAUUUUUUGUUAAUUCUGCUUUUUUGUUAUGCUAAGAGAGAAUGGAAAAAUGGUUUCAGGUGGUGCUGUAAUCUCCUCGAGCUGGCUUUAUUUCAACAGGCAGUUUUACGCCAUCAAAUAAAUCCCCGAAAAUCUUCGAGGAAUAUAAAGCCUUCUGUACAUUAAAACGAAAACGACAUGAUUGAUUCCGUCGAAGAAGGGUCCAUUGAAUGGCAUUUAGUCAGAUUGAAACAUUCGAAGGACUAGCCAAGACAUACAGUGUACUAUUCUAAUCCGCCUCUUAGCAAGAAAAUGUAAGAGAAUUCCGAAAAGAAUAAUCAAUCGACAGUACUUCUGGAUAUAAUGCUUCGAAAGUUAGAACUACUGGAGAAAAAAAAAAUUUGUGAGAAAGAUUUGAAUUCUGCAAAAAAAGCUACAAUUUCGGAUAGAACUGCAGCAAUUGCAACUACAGCAUGAUGGCUGAAAUACCUUAUGAUCAAAAAAGAACCGGAAUUUUCAUUUUGAAAUUCCCGCGCUUGUCCAAUCGGUAAUCUUUUAUUCUCUCAACGUUGGCAACACUUUUAUACACAUUCUUUCAAAUUUAGACGCAUAUCGUACGAUUAAUUUUUGUUUGGCGUCGAUACAAAGAAGUUGAAAAAUUUUCGUGUGGCGAUUUUUAUAAUGGAUGAAAAUUUAGAACAACGUGGGUGCAUCAAAUUUUGUGUUGCAAAUGGAUUUAAGUGUUCCGAAACGUUGAAAAUGUUAGAAAAGGCCUUUGGUGAAUCGUGUCUAGGAAAAACACAGGCAUAUGAGUGGUAUAAACGCUUCAAAGGUGGUCGUACAAGCUUGGAUCAUGAUGAGAUCCCUGGCCGCCCAACAACAUCUGUUACUGAAGAAAACAUUAAAUCGGCGAAGCAAAUCGUGUUGCAAAAUCGUUCUGUACCGAUUAGAGAGAUUGCUGUGUUGUUGGGCAUCUCUUAUGGAUCAGACGAACACAUUUUAACUGAUGUUUUGGGUUUGAAACGCGUCGCUUCUCGGCUGGUGCCAAAAAAGCUGAAUUUCAUUCAAAAACAGCGUCGUGUUGAUGUGGCCAAAGAGAUGAUUUCCAACGCAGAUAGUGACCCCACAUUCAUCGAAUGCAUCAUAACUGGUGAUGAGGUGUGGAUCUAUGAAUAUGACGUCGAAACCGCACAACAAUCGACCGAAUGGUGCUUCGAAGGCGAGCCGUUGUUCUAAAUUUUCAUUCAUUAUAAAAAUAGCCACAUGAAAAUUUUUCAACUUCUUUGUAUAGACGCCAAACAAAAAAUAAUCGUACGAUAUGCGUCAAAAUUUGACAGAAUGUGUAUAAAAGUGUUGCCAACGUUGAGAGAAUAAAAGUUUACCGAUUGGACAAGCGCGGGAAUUUUAAAAAUGAAAAUUAUAGUUCUUUUUUUAUCAUAAGGUAAAGGUGGAUCCAGACUAGAUGAGUUCGUUUGAUCUUGAUCAAAAUUUUCUUUUCAAUAAGUCUGAACAUAAAUAAAUAAUAUUGUUUUGUUACGACUAUCACUUUGAAUCUUGCUACUAUCCCUCAUUGGAAAACUUUCGCGUUACGCAUCGGGUCGCGUGUCGUGCCCACUCUGGUUUCACCCUAAGUCUCAAAGUCGUUUUUUUUUAUUUUUUCAGGUUACACCUUAUCUCAAGAUUUCAUGCAUGAACUAUUUGGCAUAAAAUUUUUUUUCUAUAUCGAGAAUCUCAAAAAGUCCCAAAGUCUCCACUUUUGCAGUGUUUUAUGCGGAUCUCCGAAGUUACGCUUUUUUCUUUUACGCGGUACGUAUCCCCCGUGUUAAAGGAGAUCUCAGUGUAUACAUUUGUUCUCGUUCACGACACUUCUGGAGUACUUGUUGUCUUAUCGUGAAUAUGAAACGUUGUUGAUUCAACUGCUUUAGUUUCUGUUCCUAUUCGGAUGCAUUCAUCAUUUUCUGGAGAGCGCAAAUCACCUCAUUAUUGAUUUUUCAACUGAAUAAAACAAAACACGGAACCAUGGUGACGAUAAUUGUUAUUCCAGAAACAAAAGUUUAUCAAUCUGGGUUGUCAGUUUCAGGCUUAUUUUACAGGAUUUCGUUUUGACAUUUUGAAUUACUAAAGAGGAGGUAAAUUUGUGAUGCAGCUCUAAAUGCGAUCCCGGAUAUCCUAGACGAAUGGUCAAUAUGUGAAUUUAACACUUGAGAAACUAAAUUCAGCCGAUAAAAGUAGAAUUUUUUAGAAGUAUAAAAUGUAUUAAAGGUACUCUGAAAUACUCUACAAUACAGAGGGUAAUGGCAUAAUAAAUUGCAGCACUUGAAUAGAGAGAGAGAGAGAGAGAGCGGAGAUGAAAUGUUCACAAUCAGAAAGCCCACAAUAGAAAAAUACGUAACACAUACGAAUAACAGUAUUAAAAUCAAAUAACACAUUACGAACGUUUUGCAAGGCAGCACUAGCCAAUCUCUUUAUCUCACACCACAGCAUUAAAACUAGUUCCGAUAGAAGCAACAGACAGACUCGCAAUCAGUCAACCUUACAUUGUAUUAAUAUUCCUCUGCUAUAAACAAAAAAUAAAAACAUAUGCUAACAUUAACAAUAUCGUCGGUAGCACCAUAGUCACACCCAGCCAAAACUACUCUAGACCCAAGAGCGGUAGCGAUAAAAUGUUAUGGAAUUACUACAACCUCUAAUACAGGACAAAUUUCAAACAUCUAAUGAAAAAACAAACGAAACAGAAGAAACAUCCAAUAGAACAGAAGGUUUUUCCUGAUUACCCUUAAUUGCUACCAAUCUGCCUCUUUCAUCUUGUAUGUGCCUUUUGUUAUUGUUGCUAGCUUUUAGAUUUCGCAUGUAAAUUUGUACAAAUUAAUUUAUCUCAAUCUGAACUUAAACGCUUUUUUCCUAAUACUGAUUGCUUCUUUCUUUUAUUUCUGUCCGUUUUAUUUUUUAUCGCAUUUAUGUUUUUUUUUGCUUCUUUGGUUUUUCUUUUUUUUUUCUUUCAUUUCAAACCCGUCUCAUUUCAGAAGCUUUAGACAGUUGUGAUACCGAAAAUGAUAUCCUGUUGGUGGUGUUGGAUGAUGAUGAUGAUGACGAUGAUGACGGUGAUGGAACCGGGAUGGAUGGAAGAGCCAGUACCGAGAGCGGAGGUAAAGUUGCUUCCGUUAGG